GACUCUCAAUUUUGUGUUGCGACCACGAACUUUGUCUACUAACCCGACAACCCGCCACAUCCACAGCAAAAAUGACCAAGGUCCAGUCAAUGGUCGCGAGCUCUCGCCGCAAAUCGCGAAAGGCACACUUCAGUGCGCCGAGUAGUGUGCGUCGGGUCAUCAUGAGCGCGCCUUUGAGUAAGGAGCUCCGCGAGAAGCACGGAGUGCGCAGCAUUCCCAUCCGCAAGGAUGACGAGAUCACCGUCGUCCGCGGCUCCAACAAAGGACGUGAGGGCAAGGUUUCAUCCGUCUACCGUCUCAAGUACUGCAUCCACGUCAACGGCAUCGUCCGCGAGAAGAGCAACGGCCAAUCGGUCCCCAUCCCCAUCGCUCCCUCCAAGGUCGUUGUCACCAAGCUCAAGCUCGACAAGGACCGUGAGUCCAUCCUGGAGCGCAAGAGCGCCGGUCGCGAGGAGAAGAAGAAGCAGAGGGAGGCAUAAGCGCUCACUUUUGUUUCUUGGUUGACGACACAUCACGGCUUCGAGGGACAUCGACACGAGCUCUCGUACUCACCCGCAGUGGAUGAAAUGCAUAUCAUGGGUUCACGGUCUGGGCAUGCGAUGCGCGCAUGAAAAGCAGGGCGUUAUACCGGCUUCUAGCUCGAACAAUGGACUUGCCGUCAUGCGGCCCCGUCGAAAUAUUCUGUUCGAAAUGAUACCAACGAUGGAUCUGGAGUUUGGCAAUCAAUCGGAUUUGUUACU